UCUUAUUAUAUUGAAGAAUAAUUCCAAUUUCAUACAAAUCCAUUCAACGAAGAAAAAGGAAAUUGACAAAAAGGGUCUGCAAGAAAAUGGAUUCAAUUUGUCCAAAGUAUGCGUUGUGAUCAGGCAAAAGAUCAAACUCUAAAGUCUAUAUAAAAAACUGCAUAGAUUUUAAACGAAAAAUUAACGAGAAGUACAAAUACCAUUAUGGUAAUCGAUUAAUAAUGCAUAUUUAUGUAUUGUGUUAGCUAUAGUAUCUUUACCAGAACAGUUUAAAACAAUUCUAUCCAAAAAAAUCAUCUAUCAACUCUGGUUCUAGCAUAGUCAAGUAUAGAGAGAGUGUUGGCUCGGGAGAAAAAAAUGGAUAUAUUAGAUACAAUAGUUAAUUGAUAUUGCAAAUUAAGGGGUCUGAUUGAUACUAAUGUAUUUUAAUUUAUGAAAAAUUUCAAAGAAUAAUAUUGUAUCGUGAAUGAUUGAAAAGGUUAACAAAAACUAUUUUAUCAUGCGCAUUUUUUUUUAAAGUGGAUCCGCCUCGAAUGAAAUUCUGACUAUGCCCCCGAAUCGUGUAAGCUUUUCUACAAGGGAAUAGUUGGAUGUUGCAGUCACGCACACACUAUUCAUGAAUGCACAUCUAACUAUAUAGCAGCGGCAGAUCUAGGAGGGGUCGCCCCCGGGCCACGGCCUAGCCCUACCCGGAUCCAAAGCUCGUAUAGUCUUUGUAAAUUUUCGAUUUUGAGUAUAUAUUUCAAUGUUUAUAGGGUUACAGCCCAGUCUCCUCCACCACUUUUGAAAUGCGGCCCAGUGAACUAACCUGUUCUGGAUUCGCCGCUGCUAUAUAGUAAUUAUAUACGCACUACUACCAAUCAAAAGAGAUACAUACGAUACCUCAUGCAUAACAGAAUGGUACAUAUAUAGAUGCAUCUAAUGCAUAACAUAAUUUUGUGGUCAAACGAGACGGAGGACGACAAGGCGGAGUGGGUUUUGGCGGUGCUACUGCCUACUGCAGCUACACCUACUUCUUCACGCAGUAACUGGUCACAGGGAAGGGGGAGCUAGGAGUCGUCGGUAUGGAGAAAGCUGGGGAAAUACGGUUUGGACUUUCGGGUGGGGCUAAGCGUAGAGGUAGCUUAAAGAAGCAAGCAAUCAAGCUGGGAAAUGGUGGUGACGAUCGAAGCAAAACAACGAUUGAGCAGCUGGUUGCUCGAUCUCCUUCCGAGGCUGAUUGAUAUAUGUUUCUGUUGGUUGCAGCAGUUAAUUAGGAGGAAUGGGCGGUACGUGCACAUGCUUAUAUAUGGUGCGCAGUAUAUGUAGAAAUCUGCAGUCACUAUCUUUACCCUGUCACUUUCUUUGUGUUUAACUUGGCUUUCUUGCUUCACCGUCCAUACUCCGAAUCUGCUUGCCUGCAGUCCACAUCCACUGUUGCAGGCUGUAGCAGAAAGAAGAAAGAAAGUUGUUAAGCAGAUAACAGCCUGGUUAGAAUACAAGUUUCGUCUUUCCACCGAUCGAAAAAUAAACAAGAUUUUAGAAGUUUGGGGGACAACAGCAACAUCAUCACUCAGAAGCAGGCAAACUGGAAAGGGUUUGUCAAAAAGAGGAUUCUCGCCGUCUGUGGGGAUCGAAGCCACGACCACGUGGUUAAAAGCCACGCGCUCUACCACUGAGCUAAGAAGGCUUCUGUUUACUUCAUCGAAUUGAUGCUACUUGUAAUUUAAGUUUCAAAAAGCUGAUUAUGAUUCGUGAUAAUAUAUUUAGGAGACCAUUCUAUUCUAAUACAGUGGAAUUUUACUUCACUCAAAACCUUUUUUUAACGUAAAAAUAAAGCAAAAACUUAUUAAGUUCUCCUAACGAUAUAAUAUCAAUGAUUUUUAUCGUGUCAACAUAACAUAUCAUCUAAUUAAGUAGAUGCCAAUAAUUAUGUCUGUUGGAUGCAUAUAUGUUCAUGUUUCGAUGAGUAACAUUGGAGGCCACUGACUACUGGUAUAAGAUGCCGGUUUCGAUAAUUUGAGUGUCAUAAUUUUACAUAGUGGCUAUCUUGUGGGAAGUGUAAAGCAGGGUUGAUUUUUUUUUUUUUUUUUGGACAAGUGGUACGUUUCAUGAGUUUAAUUUAUUAAAUUUUUUAUGAAUUUUGUUGCUGAAAAAUAAUAUUGAAUCCUGCAAAUUAAGUCUAAGAUAUCCAUAAACUCUUUCUUCAUGUAUUGAACCAUGUUAUAUAUGAUUUCCUAGAAGACGAAUGCGAACAAGGGGUAGCGAAAAAAUUUGAAACAUGUGUUACAAAAUAAAUUAUUUCUAUAGUCUAGUCCUUGAAGCCCGUUUAAAGAAUGGGCUUAUUUAGGUCAUAUCUUGGCCCAAAUAGAUAAUGAGUUUACAUUUUUAAACAAGAAAGAGCCCGGCCCGAGGAAAACUCUCAGCCCUCAGGGUCAGGGAGACAGGGACCCUGGCCUUUAAAAAGCAUUUUAUUUCAUUUCCCCCCAUUGAAUUGAAGGGUACAUUUGACAUUUUCCGCAAAAAAUAAACUUAUUAUUGAGAACAUUAUCACAUAUACCGAUAUAUCAAACAUUUUAAUACAUACUACGUUAGAUUUAUUAAUACAUGUAUAGUAUACAUGUAUUCACCACCACAUCUACAGUUCUAACUUAUAAGAGUGUGUUUAUAACUUGUCACUUGUACAAUCUAGAAACGAAUGUGUAUAUUUAAGCUAAGCGUAUGCAUGAAAAAUCGAAAAAUUAUGAUUUCAUGAAUUGGAGGAGCAUGUGUGGGUUGAUGAUUGAACCAAGUUCUAGUAAUAUUAUUAUGUGGCAAUUCAUUCACACAUCCUUUUAUUUUGUAUGAUACAUUGUCCUUCUAUUAAUUAGUACAUGCAUAUAAUUUAUAUUAAAAAAAAUGUUAAUUUGAUUGUUUUCUCUUAUCGUAUUUCUAUUUAAAUUCAAUCACAGAUGGAGAUCACCUACAAAAAUUUUGUAGUUAGCUUACUAGUAAUCUAAAAGAAAAUGUUGGUUAAUACCAUUGCUGCUGGACCAUUAAUCUUGUGCGUGGAGGUAGCAAACAACGUCUGUUGCUAGCGGGUUGCUGGCUGCUGAACCGGUACGCCAGGACCACCCUUCGUUCCUACAAAUUCCGCCAUUCCCUCGUGCUUUUUAGCUCUCUUUCCAUUUUGGCAGACAGAGAUUGAACAGGCCGUGGACCAUUCAUUCAAUUGAUUCCAAACACAUGAAUAUACCAAACGAGGGUCUACCUCCAAGAUAUUUGGGAGAAAGCUUGAAUCUUCCAUCCCACUCAUUCAUUCAUCUCCACGCUCUCAGGCCUUCCCCUUUCUCUCUAUCACUCACAUAUGGAUUCUCACUGCUUGUCUUCUUCUCCCCCUCCCUCUUUCCGUCUCAAAACACAUCAGAAUCUCAUUCUAGUUCCUCCUGCAUCGGCAGUCAGUUUGAGAAGCCACAAACCAAGAAUUUGCUACAAGUUUAGCGUCAUCUGUGGUUACUCAACUUCCACUUGCAAAUGGAGGCCAGAUCAGAAGAGAUGGAAUCUUACAACAAAGGGAAGCAAAAGCAAGGGUUCCAUAGAAACUAGUAGCGAUGGCCCAAUAGUGGUGGGAGCAGUGGAGAAGAAAGGAACCAUUGCUGGGGCAGUUGCUCUAAUAGUUGGCACAAGUAUUGGUUCAGGCAUUCUUGCUCUCCCCAUGAAAGCUUCCCCUGCUGGUAUCGUUCCGAGCUCCAUAACCAUGAUACUAUGCUGGGGGUUUCUGUUAAUUCAGGCAUUCUUGCUUGUGGAGGUCAAUGUGGGUUUAAGGAGAAAGGAAGGUAAAAUGGAAGUUGGGAAUGAGCUGGAGAUUAUUUCGAUUAGGACUAUGGCUCAAGAUACAUUGGGAGACUUGGGUGGAACUUUGGCAACCAUUACCUAUGUUUUCUUGGGCUAUACUUCCAUGGUUGCUUAUGCUUCCAAGUCUGGGGAGAUCCUGUUCCAUUUGCUGAAUCUCCCAGAAGCCAUUUCCGGCUGUGUUUUCACUGUUGUUUUCACAUUGCUGAUCUCCAUUGGCGGGGCUGCAACCACCGACCGAGUGAACCAAUGGCUCACUGCCUCCAUGAUUGGUUUGCUUCUUGCAAUUGAAGUGCUGUGUAUUGUGUUUGGGGGCUGGUCUGGAAUGAUUGAGGGAGGUGGGGAUUGGGGGAAAGUUUCAGACACAGUUCCUGUCAUGAUUUUCUCUCUAGUCUACCAUGAUCUUGCACCCGUUCUUUGUGCUUACUUGGGCGGUGAUCUUGCGAGAUUAAGGACUUCAAUUUUGAUUGGGAGCUUUGUUCCACUGCUGGCUUUACUUGUUUGGGAUGCAAUAGCACUUGGCCUUUCAGCUCAAGCUGAUCCAGCUGUUGACCCUAUUGAUUUACUUAUGAACGUGAGAUGGAGCGGAAUCCCCUUCAUGGUUCAGGCCUUCUCGUUGUUAGCAGUGGGAACAUCAUUGAUUGGUACCCUCCUUGGCUUCUCCGAGUUCUUCAAGGAGCAGCUUCGGAACCUCGCUUGGAAUAAAAUUUCAUCAUCCCAGGAUUCGCCGGAGAAAACAAUUGGGUUGAGAAGUUGGUGGGGAAGAAAUAGAACUAGCUUGACAGCAAUGACAAUGGCAGUAGCUCCCACGCUUGUUGUCUCAGCAGCAGUUCCUGAUGCAUUCUCUGCUGCUACUGAUAUUGCAGGAGGCUACUGCAUGGUCAUGUUGUAUGGAGUUCUUCCGCCGGCAAUGGCAUGGUCAGUACAUGUACAGAAGGGGAUGACAGCAACUACGAGAGUUGUACUUCUUGGUGCCGGCACCUGUGCUUGUGGGAUAGUGAUGGAUCAGUUCUUGCAGGAUUUCUCUGGCUUAUGGCAUAACUAGUGCUACUCUACUGACUACUGAGUGGAUUUAGAAAGAUCGAUGCAGUCAGCUACAACAGUUUAUUUCCAGAUCAUGUAUAUAAUGUAGAAAGUAAUUGGGAUAUCAGAUUUGACCCCCACGGAGAAGCUUCAUAUACAUAAUUAUCAUAAAAUUUUUGCAUGUCGUAGUGGUGAAUCAAAAUAAACACCACAUCACAACUCCCAGUGUCUUGCCCUCAGAAUGUUACACACCAGAAAGUUCCUGGAACAGAAUCAGGCCAACCAGGCAUCAAUCAAAAUCUAAUUCUCAAAGGUGGCAGCAUACCUCAGAAGCAUGUCUACAAUAUUCUGGCAGACUCUGUCUUCAGGUGACCGAUCUUCACCGCGGUUUUCAUGCUCCAGCUGCUUCACAUUAGCACCUGAGUCUCCACUGAUCUGUUUAUUUGCAGGAAGUGAUGCUAGUAAGAAUUUCUUGUGCACUACUGUACAUGGCAAACAAGUUAUUUCAUGGUGAGUUACCACCUCUGCCAGCAUUCUCUGGAAUUGAGCUUCCACGUGGGUGCAAAAUUCAGCAGCUGCUUGGCUUGUUUCAGCCCAACAAGCCCCAACCUUGCAAACUCACAAGUCAGAGGGGAACCCUAGAAAGGUACAAGUGCAAGGAAAAGAUCCAAACUUUGAAAGGCUCACCGUCAACUGUAAGACAGUAGGAGGCCGAUAACCAGGGAGCAGAAACACGGAAUGUCCUAGUCCAGUGUGCAAAGGAAGAAGCAGAGAGAGGCGGGGACUUACCAGAGGGACUAGUUGUAGUUCUUUUGGAUGCCAAGACAAGUGAAGAAGGAUUCUUGAUUCUAUUCUACCAGGGGGGAAAAGCUUUGAUCCAAAAACAGCGACUCUGUUUUUAGUUUUUACCCCCUGUGUAUGUGUUGUUGAAACGCGAAAGACGCCUCUGGGCUUAAAAUUUCUGUAAAAUUACUCGGAAGACCGUGUUGAAUGGGCUAACUUCUACGUUCAAAGGCCCAGCUUUCCCCGGACAGAAAAGCCCGAGUACCUCAAUACUGGGCCCAAUCUCGCUUUCUGCUAAUGUGCAAGUUCCUUGUGGUCGCUGGUCGGACCAAUUAAGUCAAUUUCAUUGAAAUAAUUCCCAUAUAUUUAGUUACAAACCUUUUGUUUUUCUUAAGCUUACUUGAAGGCCGAAUUAGUUCAAUUUUAGAUUUUGGGCAAACUAUUUACAAGAAUUUACUUGUACUUGAUUUCUGAUCAAUAACAAGUUUUGUAAAAGUUAAUUUUAUGAUAAAUUACAGAGAAAUCA